UGUGAGGGAGCAGCGAUAGAGGGAGGGACAGAGGUAACUGCCUCUGCAGCAGACCAACAUUAAACCCGAAUGAAGACGGAGGAACAUCUACCUUAAACUGGUUUGACAGCCAUGGUUUUAAAGCAACGUCAGCCCCAUAUCUUUGGUGAAAUGUUCUUGCUAAUCCUCCCUCUGGCCUGCGCUGUCUCUGUGUCAUCCCUGCCUGAAGAUUCAUCCAGGAGAAGAGUGGUGCAUGUGCUUGAGGACGAGACUGGAGCUGUGAUUGUGCAGACAGCUCCUGGUAAGGUGGUGACACAUCGGGGUGGCUCCAUCACUCUGCCCUGCAGAUUUCAUCAUGAGCCAGAGGACACAGAUCCUGCUCGCAUCCGGAUCAAAUGGACUAAAGUGACCGAUGCUCUGCAGUUUGAGGAUGUCUUUGUUGCACUUGGAAAGCAACAGCGUGUGUUUGGAUCAUACCGUGGACGUGUGUUUUUGGAACAGGCAGGACCAGGCGAUGCUUCAGUUAUCAUCCAAAACGUCACACUGGAGGACUAUGGGCGCUACGAGUGUGAGGUCACCAAUGACAUGGAGGAUGAUACAGGAUUUGUGAACCUUGACUUAGAAGGUGUGGUCUUUCCCUACUACCCCCGAGAGGGACGCUACAAGCUGAACUACCAUCAGGCUGAGGAUGCCUGCAAAGACCAGGAUGCGAUUCUGGCAUCUCAUUCACAGCUGCAUAAAGCCUGGUUGGAAGGACUGGAUUGGUGUAAUGCCGGAUGGCUGGAGGACGGCUCAGUCCAGUAUCCCAUCUCUCAUCCAAGAGACCAAUGUGGCCGCAAGGACAACCCGGCUGGUGUUCGCAACUAUGGUUACAGGCACAAGGAAGAUGAGCGCUAUGAUGCCUUCUGCUUUACCUCUAAGCUCAAUGGCGAAGUAUACUUCCUGAAACGUUUCAAGAAAGUAAAUUAUGCAGAGGGUGUGAAGGCGUGCAUUCGAGAUGGAGCAGCUGUGGCCAAAGUAGGUCAGCUGUAUGCAGCGUGGAAGUUCCAGCUCCUGGAUCGCUGUGAAGCAGGGUGGCUGGAAGACGGCAGCAUUCGGUACCCCAUUGUCAACCCUCGCUCUCGUUGUGGAGGUUCCCAGCCAGGGGUCCGACACUUGGGCUUCCCAGACAAAAAGUUUAGACUGUAUGGGGUCUACUGCUUCCACAAGUACAUGGAUGAAACAGCAGGCGGUUCUACAGGGAAUGAAUCUCAGAAAGAAAAUUUGCUAAAGUCGAAGAGAAGCAAGAGUCGCCCAGUGAAUGCCACAAAUGCUAUUUAAAGCCACCACCCAGGGAGCUGAAGGGUGAACUAUUUUAGAUUUUACUGCGAUCACUCCGUCUCCAUUCAUUGCUCUUAAAGUUAAACACCCACAGACAUGAAGAAGUCAUCUGCCAUUUUAGCAGAGAUAAGGACGGCUAUGCAAAAUGAAUGGUGACAUCUUUAUUAAGGUGAUUUUCCUUUUGUCUGCAGUCUGUCGAUUAUCUGAGGGAGUGUUAGACGGAUCCCUCUUCUGGAAAAUUACAAGACUAAAAAGCAGCUUAGUAUCAGUCAUGCACGCAAUAAAAUCAUGCAAUUGGCUGGGAAUAUAGUUGUUUACUUGUGUCAAUGAUAUUUUAUAAUCUUAAGCCUAAAAUCUCCUCUUAGUGAAAAUAAUGACUCAAGCGUGAAAAAUAUGAUUGUCAUACUUCAAAUGUGAUCACAAAACCUGUUGUAAUCUCAUCUUAGUAACUGUAUGAAGUAAAAAUUGCACUAGUUUAAAUAUAGUUGCACAGAUUAAAGAGCUUUAAUUUAUAGAUGCAUUUUAGUUGAAUAAGCAAGCAUGUCUGUUGUGGCUGAGAGAUGCUGCUAUGGUUGAAUUUGCAAUAAUGAAACUUAUGAUA